AUGGCAGCUCGAGGUGAUUCGUCGUAUGAAGAAGCGUUGGCUGCUUUGUCUUCAUUGAUAACGAAGCGAAGUCGUGCUGAUAAAAGCAAUAAAGGAGAUCGGUUUGAGUUAGUCUUUGAUUAUCUUAAGCUGCUUGACCUGGAAGAAGACAUGUUGAAGAUGAAAGUUAUCCAUGUAGCUGGAACCAAAGGCAAGGGAUCCACAUGUGCCUUUACAGAGUCUAUUUUGCGAAACCAUGGCUUCCGAACUGGACUCUUCACUUCACCUCACCUCAUUGAUGUCCGGGAAAGAUUUCGCUUGGAUGGUGUGGACAUAAGUGAAGAGAAAUUUUUGAGUUAUUUCUGGUGGUGCUACAACAGGCUUAAGGAGAGAACUAACGAGGAGAUACCAAUGCCUACAUAUUUCCGCUUCCUUGCGUUGCUAGCUUUUAAAAUAUUUGCUGCAGAAGAGGUGGAUGCUGCUAUACUGGAGGUAGGAUUAGGUGGGAAGUUUGAUGCCACCAAUGCGGUUCAGAAACCUGUGGUAUGUGGUGUUUCUUCGCUUGGAUAUGACCACAUGGAAAUCCUAGUUUCCUCAUCUUCCUUGCCCAUCUUUCAGCUUGGUGUUCCAGCUUUCACAGUUCCCCAACCUGAUGAAGCUAUGCGUGUCCUUGAAGAGAAAGCUUCCGAAUUAGAUGUGAAUCUUGAAGUGAUGCAACCACUAACCGCAAGGUUGUUAAGUGGUCAGAAACUUGGGCUUGAUGGGGAUCACCAAUAUGUCAAUGCUGGUCUAGCAGUUUCGCUUGCCACUACCUGGCUUCAGAAAUUUGGUAAUCUUGAAGUUCCAAGUCCGACUCAGAUGAGUAUUUUGCCACAGCAAUUCGUUAGAGGGUUAGCUACAGCGAGUUUGCAAGGACGAGCACAGGUCGUCCCCGAUCAAUUUAUUGAAUCUCGGACUUCAGGAGAUUUAGUAUUUUAUCUGGAUGGAGCUCACAGUCCGGAAAGCAUGGAAGUAUGCGCCAAAUGGUUUUCGUCUGCCGUUAAGGGAGAUAACCAGUCAGAGAGUUCAAAACAUUUGGUUAAUGGCUCCGCAGGAUCCUCUCAUGAGAAAUGGUCCGGUGAAACCUGCCAACAGAUAUUGUUGUUCAAUUGCAUGUCAGUUCGGGACCCAAAUCUACUGCUUCCACAUCUACGGAAUACAUGCGCAAAUCACGGUAUCCAUUUCAAGAAGGCAUUGUUUGUACCAAACAUGUCGGUGUAUCACAAGGUUGGUACAGCGGCUGAUUUGCCAGAGAAUGACCCACAUGUUGACUUGUCAUGGCAAUUCACACUCCAGAAAGUGUGGGAAAGCCUUGUCAAGAGUGACAAAGGAAAUGCAGAAGGAGAAGAAUAUAGAGGAAAAGAUGGUGAAAGUAGUAGUGGGAACAGUGAGGUGUUUACUUCACUUCCCAUGGCAAUAAAAUGGCUAAGAGAUAGUGUACAUGAGAGUAGCUCAUCCACACGUUUCCAGGUUCUUGUAACUGGUUCGUUACAUCUUGUGGGCGAUGUACUGAGAUUAAUCAGAAAAUGA